AUGUCUGCCCGAUUGUCGCCCGGAGGGGCGCUCUUGCGAACAUCGCGGAUGUUCUCCGUCCCGAAGCCACUUCCACAGCCUGGCGGUGAAGCUGCAUCCGUCUCGCGCUACCUCUCUCCGACUGCGACCGCGCCGUAUCCUACACACCAGUCCAUCACCACCCCCGAGUCCUCAAGGGCCAUCGGUGACUGGGGCUUCAAGCGCUCUCUUCCCGUGCAGAAAACGACCAAGUCGUCUACCCCCGUUGUUCGCAUUAAGCAGAUCGACUCCGUCGAGAGAAUCACCGACUACCAAUCUGCCGCCGACCACACCAUCACUCUCCAAAAGUUCCACGAGAUGAACCUGCCCAUCUCACUACCCGGCCCUAAUCGAUCCCGCCUGGGUGGCCUCAAUGAUGGCUUCAAGUCUGUCUUUGAGGACGACGGCGAUUUCACAACAAUGGAGCCUGGCCGUGCCGAGGAGAAGAGGUGGAAGUUCAAGGGUCCUUGGCUGGCCGGCUUGACCCAAGGCGAAUUCGACCGUUUCCUACGCAAGAACGUUCGCAACAAGCGGGAAGAGUUCCGCAGCUUCUUGAAGGAACGUCUUGCCACCGAAUUGACUGCAGCCGAACACCAAAAGUCUUUGGACAGAGGCUCUGAGAUGCCCAAGAAGGUGCUGGCUCAGGAUAUCACCGAAGACCAGCUCAUUGAGUACCAGCGCAAGCUGCGUUCUGACCGUGUUACUCUGUACUCGCUGGUCAGCGAGUUCCUGGAUCUGGCUCCUCUCCAGCCCCCAAGCACUCUGGUCAACUUUAGCGAAGCGGCUGAGAAGGCGAAGCGUCCCAGCCUGUACGCCGAGAACGGACCGCCGAUGUCCCAUCCCUCGGGCGGUAUCUCGUACCUCCGUUCCGCAGCCUUUGCCGAGAACCACCCUGUCUACGGACCCCAGGCCCACCAAACCCCCGUUCUGGCGCGUAUCGUCUCUCCCAGAAGAGACACCAACAGCGCCAAGCUCGGUGUUGGUGGUUUCAUUACCGACGUUCCUCAGGGCGAUACCGCCUUCAACCAGAGAGCCUUCCGCGGCGGCAAGAGCUUGAUUCCUGGUAUCGCAUCGUUUGACCCCGAUAUCGAGGGCGGAGCCAAGUCUUUCGUGCAGCCCACCUCUGCCCGUGUGGACUCUUCGGGCUCUGUACAGAUUACUGUCGGUGAGGCCAAUGAGGAGGCGCAGCUCAUUUACAAGGAGUUGGUUGGCAAGUCCAAGAUAUACAACGACAGAACCGAGCCUGAGCCCGAGGCCGAGCCACGGAGGCCGCUUGUCAGGUCUAUACCUUGGGGAACUACCAAGAAGCCCCAGAACGAGAACAAGACUUUCGGAAGCUCUAAGAACUACGGUCUUGACUUGUCUUAA